UUCUACAUAGCAAAGUUUCGGCUUUUGUCGGCAGUGGACAAGGUCCUGCCUACUCGCCACUCUGUAGCACGGCUGUAAAAAAGGAAGGCCACGAAAGAAAAGGAGGCUAGGACACGGGGCAAAAGUACCGAGAGCGAGUGAGGCAGGGAGAGAGAGUCAGUGAGCAGUACAGUGACAGCCAAGGGGACCGAUAAUUUCGUCCACAGCGUCUUGAGUGAGUGGAAGAGGCAUAGCACUGCAACAUCUCAGCCGCCGAAGAACGGGGAAAACCAUUAGGAACUAGCGCUUUCAAAAAUGGAUCAUUAUGACGCCGAUGAAAAUAAUUACAUGGCACCAGAAGACGACUGGGAUCGCGAUCUCCUUCUGGAUCCUGCAUGGGAGAAACAGCAGCGGAAGACAUUCACAGCAUGGUGUAACUCCCACUUGAGGAAAGCAGGAACUCAGAUUGAGAAUAUUGAGGAGGACUUCAGAGAUGGACUCAAACUCAUGCUGCUUCUUGAGGUCAUCUCAGGAGAGCGCUUGGCCAAGCCCGAGAGAGGGAAGAUGAGGGUCCACAAGAUCUCCAACGUGAACAAAGCGCUUGACUUCAUCGCCAGUAAAGGAGUCAAACUCGUCUCUAUUGGAGCAGAGGAAAUCGUGGAUGGCAACGCCAAGAUGACCCUGGGAAUGAUCUGGACCAUCAUCCUCCGCUUCGCUAUCCAGGAUAUCUCUGUGGAAGAGACUUCAGCCAAAGAAGGACUGCUGUUGUGGUGUCAGAGAAAGACUGCCCCCUACAAGAAUGUCAACAUCCAGAACUUUCACAUCAGCUGGAAAGAUGGAUUGGGAUUCUGCGCCCUCAUUCACAGACAUCGUCCAGAACUCAUUGACUAUGGAAAACUUCGCAAAGAUGACCCAAUGACCAAUCUGAACACAGCAUUUGACGUAGCUGAGAAGUACCUGGACAUUCCCAAAAUGUUGGACGCAGAAGACAUCGUUGGUACAGCCCGCCCUGACGAGAAGGCCAUCAUGACCUACGUCUCUAGCUUCUACCACGCCUUCUCUGGCGCCCAGAAGGCGGAGACGGCGGCCAACCGCAUUUGCAAAGUGCUGGCUGUCAAUCAGGAGAAUGAGCAGCUGAUGGAGGACUACGAAAAGCUUGCCAGCGAUCUGCUGGAGUGGAUCCGCCGCACCAUCCCGUGGCUGGAGAACCGGGCGCCGGAGAACACCAUGCAGGCCAUGCAGCAGAAGCUGGAGGACUUCCGCGACUACCGGCGCCUGCACAAGCCGCCCAAGGUGCAGGAGAAGUGCCAGCUGGAGAUCAACUUCAACACGCUGCAGACCAAGCUGCGCCUCAGCAACCGGCCCGCUUUCAUGCCCUCCGAGGGCAAGAUGGUGUCGGACAUUGCCAAUGCAUGGGGAUCCCUGGAGGGUGCUGAGAAGGGCUAUGAGGAGUGGCUGCUGAAUGAGAUCCGCAGGCUGGAGAGACUCGACCACCUCGCUGAGAAGUUCCGCCAGAAAGCCGCCAUCCACGAGGCCUGGACCGAUGGCAAGGAGGAGAUGCUGCAGCAUCGGGACUAUGAGACAGCCACGCUCUCGGAGAUCAAGGCCCUGCUGAAGAAGCACGAAGCGUUCGAGAGCGACCUGGCCGCACAUCAGGACCGCGUGGAGCAGAUCGCAGCCAUCGCCCAGGAGCUCAAUGAGUUAGACUACUACGACUCUCCAAGUGUGAACGCACGCUGCCAAAGGAUCUGUGAUCAGUGGGACGCUCUUGGAGCACUGACCCAGAAACGUAGUGAAGCUCUACAGCGGACUGAGAAACUGCUGGAGACCAUUGAUCAGUUGUAUCUCGAGUUUGCCAAACGUGCCGCCCCCUUCAACAACUGGAUGGAGGGAGCUAUGGAGGACUUGCAGGACACCUUCAUUGUGCAUACCAUCGAGGAGAUACAGGGCUUAAGCACAGCUCAUGAGCAGUUUAAGGCGACCCUCCCUGAGGCGGACAAGGAGAGACAGGCCAUCCUGGGCAUCCACAAUGAGAUUGCUAAGAUUGUGCAGACCUACCACGUCAACAUGGCCGGCACCAACCCUUACACCACCAUUAACCCUCAGGAGAUCAACACCAAGUGGGACAAGGUCAGGCAGCUGGUCCCUCAGAGAGACCAGGCCCUGAUUGAGGAGCACGCCCGCCAACAGAAUAACGAGCGACUCAGACGGCAGUUUGCCAACCAGGCUAACGUCAUCGGACCCUGGAUCCAGACCAAGAUGGAGGAGAUUGGCCGUAUCUCCAUUGAGAUGCAUGGCACCCUGGAGGAUCAGCUGAACCACCUGCGUCAGUAUGAGAAGAGCAUCGUCAACUACAAGCCAAAGAUUGACCAGCUGGAGGGAGACCACCAGCUCAUUCAGGAAGCCCUCAUCUUCGACAACAAACACACCAACUACACCAUGGAGCACAUCCGUGUGGGCUGGGAGCAGCUUCUCACCACCAUCGCACGCACCAUCAAUGAGAUCGAGAACCAGAUCCUCACCAGAGAUGCCAAAGGCAUAAGCCAGGAACAGCUAAGCGAGUUCAGAGCCUCCUUCAACCACUUUGAUAGGGAUCACUCGGGCACUCUUGGGGCUGAGGAGUUCAAGGCCUGCCUGAUCAGCCUCGGCUUCGAUAUCGCCAACGACCCACAGAAGAAAACAGGAUUCAUGGAUAUGGAUGACUUCAAAAAAUGCCUCAUCUCUCUGGGUUACAAUAUGGGAGAGGCAGAGUUUGCCCGCAUCAUGAGCAUCGUGGACCCCAACAGGUUGGGAGUGGUCACUUUCCAGGCCUUCAUCGACUUCAUGUCCCGUGAGACCGCUGACACAGACACUGCCGACCAGGUCAUGGCCUCCUUCAAAGUACUGGCCGGGGACAAGAACUACAUCCUGGCGGACGAGCUUCGCCGUGAGCUGCCCCCUGACCAGGCCGAGUACUGCAUUGCCCGCAUGGCGCCCUACACUGGCCCCGAUGCUGUGCCUGGUGCACUCGACUACAUGUCCUUCUCCACCGCCCUCUACGGAGAGAGUGACCUUUGAACCCCACCAGAGAGAGAGAGAGACUCUCUUGCCUUGCCUGCUCCGCCCUUUCCACCCCGCCCAUUUGCAAUGCGCAUUUUUUUGUACGUUCUUUUCCUCCCUUCAUCCAUUCCUCCUCUCCUUUCUCCUUCCUCUUGCCCAUUGUCCUCUAUUUGUUUGUCUUAACAUCCAUCCCUGACCCCAUUCCCCGUCCAACCGUCUCGGUCUGUCUCUGUUGUAUUUGCUUAUCCUCAUGCAAUGCAGCAACUCCCGACGUUUACAAUGAGGGAGACAGAAUAUUGUUUUUUUUUUGUUUUGUUUUGUUUUUCCUUCUGUUUUUAUUUUCUUGUUGUUUUGUUUUUUUUUCUUCAUA